UCAUAAAAGUCAAUGAUCGGUUACGAUAUAUAUAGAGAGAGAGAGAGGUAUGACACUACUGGCCUCGUAGCUCUCUAUAUCUAUGUCAAUAUAAUAUAAACAUACAAAUCGGUGCCAACAGAAUUGUUCAAUCUGUAGUUCUGAUCAGGUCUGAGUGCACUAUGGCGAGUGGUGGUGAAGAGCCAACGAAGCUGAAACUCUAUUCUUAUUGGCAGAGCUCUUGCUCUUGGCGUGUUCGUAUCGCUCUCAACUUGAAAGGUCUCAAAUAUGAGUACAAACCAAUUAAUUUGUUGAAAGGAGAGCACUUUAGUCCUGAAUUUACAAAGCUCAAUCCUAUUGGUUAUGUACCGGUGCUGGUAGAUGAAGACUUUGUAGUUGCUGACUCUUUUGCGAUCUUAAUGUAUCUAGAAGAAAAGUAUCCUCAACAUCCACUGUUGCCUCGUGAUCUUCAGAAAAGAGCAAUUAAUUACCAGGCUGCUAAUAUUGUUUCCUCAAGCAUACAGCCUCUUCAGAAUCUAGUUGUACUGAAGUAUAUAGAGGAACACGUUAAUGCUGAUGCGAGUGUUGCUUGGGCUAAGUAUCAUAUUGAGAAAGGGUUUGCAGCUCUUGAGAAACUGUUAAAAGACUAUGCUGGGAAAUAUGCCACUGGCGAUGAAGUUUUCUUGGCAGAUUUGUUUCUAGUGCCUCAGAUUCAUCGAGCAAUCAACAGUUUCAACAUUGACAUGGAUUUGCGUCCUGAAGAAAUGAGGAAAGGGAAAAAUGGGAAAAAGAUCCAUGUCUUAACUUUUAGCAUUUGGGAUCCAGUUUCUUCAUCUAUCGACUCAGUUCCCUAUUCUAUCUAGGGUUUUUGAGGCGUACAAUGAGCUUCCUGCCUUCCAAGACGCUAUGCCAGAAAAGCAGCCAGAUGCAGCGGUUGAGGCAUUGGGUUGAGGUAUCUGAGUAAUACUUUUCGCACUUACAGAUAUCCGUUUCAAAAUUGCAUCAUGGAAUCUUGUUUGAUUGAUCAUGGGGGUAAAAGCCUGCAAUAGUAGAUCUUGUGCAAAGACAAUGAGGAUGGAUAGUAUGUCAUCGAACUUCAUGUUUAAAUUAGAAUAAAUGAUCAAAUAAAGAUGGAACUGGUGCGAUGAUAUGUCUCCGGACAUCUUUCCAAAAUUUCCAUAGUAAAGCUUGCUCAUCUUUGUAAAGUGCUAUACCAUCAGUAUUCCUCAGUUGUACCACUAUCAGGAUUGGUCGCGAAGAAAAUCCCUCUCUAGUAAAAUCGUUAUGGAAAUGCUAUUCCUUUUCCCGCCUUU